UUGGGUACACGACUCCUUCCUUCCACCUUAUUCCGCAGCCGUAGCCUCACCUCCUCUAACCUUCCUCUUCCUCUCUGAACUCUCCAAAGCUCAUCUCCAACAAUGGCGGUCGGGAAAAACAAGAGAAUUUCGAAAGGAAAGAAAGGAGGCAAGAAGAAGGCGGCCGACCCAUUUGCUAAGAAGGACUGGUACGAUAUCAAGAGUCCUUCUGUCUUCACUACCCGAAACGUUGGGAAGACUCUUGUUACCCGUACCCAGGGUACGAAGAUUGCCUCAGAAGGACUCAAACACCGUGUGUUUGAAAUAUCACUAGCUGACCUUCAGGGUGGUGAUGAAGACCAUGCUUACAGAAAGAUCAGACUAAGAGCUGAAGAUGUUCAAGGGAGGAAUGUCCUAACAAACUUUUGGGGGAUGGACUUUACCACUGAUAAGUUGAGGUCCUUGGUCCGAAAAUGGCAGACUUUAAUUGAAGCCCAUGUGGAUGUGAAGACCACUGACAGCUACACUCUGAGGAUGUUCUGUAUUGGUUUCACCAAGAGGCGCCCAAAUCAGGUCAAGAGGACAUGCUAUGCACAGUCCAGUCAGAUCAGACAGAUCCGUCGUAAGAUGAGGGAGAUCAUGACUUCCCAAGCUACUUCUUGUGACUUGAAGGAAUUGGUUCGCAAGUUCAUUCCUGAGAUGAUUGGUAAAGAGAUCGAGAAGGCAACUUCAAGCAUCUACCCCUUGCAAAAUGUUUUCAUUCGCAAAGUGAAGAUCUUGAAAGCUCCCAAGUUUGAUCUUGGAAAGUUGAUGGAGGUCCAUGGUGAUUACUCCGAAGAUGUUGGUGUGAAGUUGGACAGGCCUGCUGAUGAAACAAUUGCUGAACCUGUGGAAGUUGUUGGAGCUUAAUGAAAGUUUCUUCUCUAUCAUAGUUUUGACUCUUGCAUUUUGUUUAUCUUUGGGUACUUGAAUGUUUUUGCUUGGAACCACAUGGUUAAAGCGGAGAUUUAGAAUUAUGGUAUUUGAUAUCAGGAACGAGCUUACGAUAUUUUCUUUAACCUAGGGAACCUUUUUUUUUUUGCCUUGAAUAUUUAUUGCUGGUUCAUGGUUGUUAUGUCUUGAUCUUGCAUUCAAUCCUGUAUUUUCAAUACCAAACUAGUUUUUGAGUA